AUGAUGCUUGGUUGUGGUUGCAGCAUACCAGGGUGCAAAUUUCUCGAACUUUUCCACCGGCACUACAGGCCUUUCGAGGCUUCGAUAGCCAGCCCUUUUGCGAGUGUUGGGAAGGUGACCGUCCACUGCCGCUUGCCGCCUUCCUUGAUCGAAAAAAAGCCCUGGCGGCCUGCAACGACCAAGUUCGCUGCUAAGCUGGUAGUCCUGGACGCGGAGCACUGCAUUCAAAGCCGGAUCCAGCCGGAGCAGGUUAUGGCAAGGAGGAAACUGAGUUCCAAGUUCCAAUGUGCGCCGGAAGUCAAGAUGAAGGUGACAACUCGAGUUCAGAAGGCCAAAGUCCAGCUCACUCCGCAUGUGUAUGUCGAAGAUGACGGAGCUUGGAGGGGCACGGCCCUGGUAUGCCUGGUGGUGAUGAACUCCAUCCUUGGCAGGGGAUAUUGGUUCACAGCAGGAUCUGCCAGGAUUCGUGUCAUCGUGAAAGAUGUGGCGAGGAUGCUUCAGGAGAUGCUGGAUUCCAGCAGAAGCUUGACCGUGCAGGAGUCAACCCUGCCACCGCCAGGGUUGCUUGGGGCACACUACUCUGACAAGCUCCUUCGAGCAGACUGGCCAAGUGAUGCGAGUUGGGUUCACGAGAUGCUGGAUCAGGCCUUCGGCAUGACUGCGGAGGAGCCACCGUGUCUGCGAUCACAACCUCUGGCUGCACGUCAUCACGACCACUUCUUGCGAGCAGAUUGGCCAAGUGAUGCGAGCUGGGUCCACGAGAUGCUAGAUCAGGCCUUCGGCAUGACUUCACAGGAGCCACUGCAGCUGCAAUUACAACCGCUCGUGGCACGGUAUCAUGAACACUUCUUGCGAGCAGAGUGGCCAAGUGAUGCGAGCUGGGUUCACGAGAUGCUAGAUCAGGCCUUCGGCAUGACUGCAGGGGAGCCACCCAAGCUGCAACAACAACUGCUCGUAGCACGUUAUCAUGAACACUUCUUGCGAGCAGAGUGGCCAAGUGAUGCGAGCUGGGUUCACGAGAUGCUAGAUCAGGCCUUCGGCAUGACUGCAGCCGAGCCACCCAAGCUGCAACAGCAACUGCUCGUGGCACGUUAUCAUGAACACUUCUUGCGAGCAGAGUGGCCAAGUGAUGCGAGCUGGGUUCACGAGAUGCUAGAUCAGGCCCUCGGCAUGACUGCAGCGGAGCCACCCAAGCUGCAACAGCAACUGCUCGUGGCACGCUAUCAUGAACAUUUCUUGCGAGCAGAGUGGCCAAGUGAUGCGAGCAGGGUCCACCACGAGAUGCUAGACCAGGCCUUCAGCGUGACUGCACAGGGGCCACCGCAGCUGCAACAACAACUGCUCGUGGCACGCCAUAACGAACAACUCUUGCGAACAGAUUGGCCAAGUGAUGCGAACUGGGUUCACGAGAUGAUAGAUCAGGCCUUCGGCAUGACUGCAGAGGAGCCAUCGCGUCUGCGAUCACAACCUCUGGCAGCACGUCAUCACGAACACUUCUUGCGAACAGAUUGGCCAAGCGAUACGAGCCGGGUCCACGAGAUGCUAGAUCAAGCCUUCUGCAUGACUGCAGAGGAGCCACCGCAGCUGCAAUUACAACCGCUCGUGGCACGGUAUCAUGAACAUCUCUUGCGAGCAGAGUGGCCAAGUGAUGCGAGCUGGGUUCACGAGAUGCUAGAUCAGGCCUUCGGCAUGACUUCAGCGGAGCCACCCAAGCUGCAACAACAACUGCUCGUGGCACGUUAUCAUGAACACUUCUUGCGAGCAGAGUGGCCAAGUGAUGCGAGCUGGGUUCACGAGAUGCUAGAUCAGGCCUUCGGCAUGACUGCAGCGGAGCCACCCAAGCUGCGACAGCAACUGCUCGUGGCACGCCAUCAUGAACAUUUCUUGCGAGCAGAGUGGCCAAGUGAUGCGAGCAGGGUCCACCACGAGAUGCUAGAUCAGGCCUUCAGCGUGACUGCACAGGGGCCACCGCAGCUGCAACAACUCCUGCUCGUGGCGACGGAGGCAGGGACUGGGCAGCGAGUUCUCAAGCGCCUCACUUCUCAUGGGAAUGCGGGCCCUGUUGGGCUUUUGCAGUGUAAUCAGUGUUUACGCUGGCUGGAGCACGAUGUUACGAUGCUGUUGGACACGUGGCAGGAGUGGCCCAAAGAGGUGGGCAAACAGGUUCUCCAGGAGUGCGAGACUGCCGAUCAUUUAAAGAAGUUCCUGAAGAAGAAGGAUCGCUUCGUGUUUCGCAAACGGAAAGACGGUGUGGAGGAGUUACUGGAGAAGCCAGAUCUUUUCGUUUUCGGCAGACGGAAAAACGGCACGGAUGAGUUUGAGUUUUGGAUCAAAAAGAAAGAGGCGGACUUAGCGGUCCUUUCCGAUGCAGCCUUCUCUCGCGCCCUGGAAGCUCUGACUCCCAUCAAUGUGUACAACAAGGUCAUCAACGUGAAAGAGGAGUUGGAGAAGGAGCUUGGUGAUUUGAGCCUGGCAAAGGGAAUGGACCGAACAACAUCGACAAAAUCACAGCUGGUCCAUUUCUUCGAGGACCGCUACGUGAAGGGCGCAACGUUUGAGGUUAAUGAUGCCGAAGCCGAUUCUGAGAAGUGCCAAUAUUCUGUCUCGAGGCAUGAACACAACGACAUGACGAGAGUGCUCUGCCAUGCAAAGACGAAAAUCGACGUCUGGGCCGAUGCAGUUGACCUGAGAAGCAGCUGCGAGACCUGUGACCUGAAGUCCACGGACGGCUGCAAAUGUUUCAAGGUGCUGUUUCAUUACACGAAGAAGCUUGCGUUUAGCUCCAUCACCUCUGCCCAUAAGAAAUUUCACGAGCUGUGGUGCUCAUAUGAAAAACGAGCUCACUUCGGAGACGGCCUGUAUGCCAGCCAGUACGCACCCGAACACUUCGGCAGCAAACUGCGUGUGGCUUUGAACAAUUAUGGCAGUUGUGACACGGAUCCUUUCGAUGAGGAGCCCCUUUGCUGCCCACAGUAUUGGGAGGACAUCCGCACUCAGUGGGCUGUAGAGGCAGCGGACUUUUGUAUCCCGAUCCUUGUCCCAGCGGAUAAGAAGCUGCUGCGGAGUUUCAAGGUCGAAGAUCCCAGCGGAAACCCGAAAGCAGGUUGCAACAAGGAGGGCGUGGCACAGCACGAGAAUCGAGACGUCUGGAUUAUUUCUCCUCCGGACAAGGGAAACGUGACUUCAGAUACACAGCAACGCCUGAAGCUCUUGAAGAUGCGUCAGGACGCUGAGAAGAACCCAAAUGUCUCGCCUCUUGACAGGAUGCAAGCUUUCGCCGAUGCCGCGCACAUUCUUCUUCAGCAAGGCGACUUGGCCAAGGCAGAGAAGUGCUUCAAGGAUGCCCUGGACAUGCAGAACACAAUCAAGCAGACGACGUUUGGGCCGAGCCUGGUUCAGUCCUAUGCCCAAUGUCUGAGGCAGCAAGACACCUAUGAAAGCAAGCAGAAGGCCAAGGAGCUCUUCAAAGAGCACAAGGAGUUCUUGGAAAAACACGGAGUCACGAACGAUGCAGAUUCCGGCUCAAUGCUGAAGAGCUUAGAUCAUGCAAGCUGGCGGCACAAGGCAUUGGACAAGCACUUCAAGUGCUUCUACGACUCAUGGAAGCAGGGCGACUUGGCGGUGGCGCAGAACAGGCUGGAUGAGUUUGAGUCGCUUUUGGAGCGGUUGCCCCUGAAGGAGAAAGACCGUGACAGAAAUACUCUGAAGACCUACCGUGCGGCAGUUUUUUCCGAUCAGGGCAACAUGCAGAAGGCGGAGAGCCUCUUGAAAGAGGUCCUGGACUACCGCAAGAAGGCCUUCGAUCCCAAGCAUAUCGAGACGCUGGCCUGCCACGACCUGCUUGCGAAACUCUUCCUGAACUGGCGCCGCUUUGAAGAUGCCGAGAAGCAUGCCCAAGAGGCCUUGAAAGGCAGAGAUCCAGAUGCCGAGAAGCACGCCCAAGAGGCCUUGGAAGGCAAGGGUCCAGAUAAUAAGAGCGAGCAUCUGCAUGUGCUUCGGAGCCUCAGCUUUCUGGAGGAGAUCCGCAUUGAAAAAGCGCAGUCAGAAGAGUCUUCUUUGUCCGAGGAAGUUUCCGAGGAAGUUUUCAAGAAGGCGUUCCGCAUCAUGAGGUACUGUGCCGAAAAGAUGCUGCCGAAGGGUCAGAUCGAGGCAGAGUUGGCGAACACCGGCUACGAAGAUAACAGAGCUGCUUUGGCGAUGUGGAACAACGCAGCAUGCGUGGCCAGGCGCCUGGCAGCGCUGCCCAAGAUCAACGAAAAGACGAAAGAGGAGAUGCUACAGGAAGCUGAUACUAUAUACCAGCUACUUUAUAAAGCAUCAAAGAAGCCCGGUCGCUGGGAUCAUGCCGUUCACCAUGCUCGCAUUGCGAGCAACUGGGCCCUUGUGCUCGAUCUCCGCAAGAGCACAGAGGAUUCCGAGAAAGUGUUGGAGCAAGCGAUCGACACUAUCGAGGGAACAAUCACAAGCCUCAAAGGUUCCGACUCCCAAUCCGACGACUCCGAGGACUCAGAGGAGCCCUACAUGGAUGACCACCUGCAGGAUCAAACGCCAUCCGAGGCAGACCCUCCGCUGGAGUUUCUGAUCUUGUACAACAACCUGGCAUUUCUGAGAAACAAGCGUGGCGACCUCAUCCUCAAAAACCAAAGUGGCACAGUGCAGGACAGUGUUGACCUCUUCAAGAAGGCGAAAGAAGGGUACACAACUACCUUGGAACAACUUAAGGCGAAGGCGGACCGACAUGCCACGCAUCAGGACAACGAUCGGGAAGCCGGCAUGGGCCAUCAGCAGGUGUACAAGGCGCCGCAUGCGGCACUGCAGGGGAGAGCCACAUCGACUGUCGAAGCCAGCCACAUGCUGGGCCUCCCCAUCGCUGUGCAGCAGGAGGCCUACUCGGCAGCCAUGACUUUGGCAGAGAUUCUGCUAAAGCUGAUGGAUCAGCGAGAGUGCUCAGAUGAUGAACGAGAGAAGUUUCAGAAGGAUGCCAGCGAGAACUUCCUGUUUGCGGCUGAGGGCUUUCAGAUGCUGCUCGGCCCAAAGAGCGUGAAGGCGGUCGCAUGUCGGCACUCCUAUGCAUCUGCGUUGCUACAGCAAGGAGCAGCCUAUUGGCAGAAGGCCGUGACAAAUUUUGAAUCGGUUGCACGCUCCCGGGAGGAGACGGAAGAGGCUCGAAAGAAUGAUGAAGCGGUUGUGGGCUCCUGGGAGGAGGUGAGCAUGGGAGGUGCUGCCGCAGCCAUGCUCCAAGAAAGCCUUGGCCUGACGGAGGAGGUGCCACCAGAGCUGCUCCAGAAGCUCAUGAGGGCCAGAGCCCUUUUCAGUGCGGCUUCGGCUUCCAAGGCGAUUUCGAUGGCACCUGACCCACCCCGCGAAAAUGAGGAUGCUCCAACUCCAGAUGAGAUCUGUAAAAAGUUCGACAAAGUUCUGGAGAUGGAUAAGGGACUGGGCAAAGACGCCAAACAGCCGCCAGAGGUGUUGAAACGCCUGAGGGGGAUCUUCGCUAUGGCACAUGCAGAGCUGGGGCAGCUGCAUGGUAGAGAAUACCAGAAUACCAAAACCCUAGCCAAGUUUUACACGGCACAAGAGCACCUCAAAGAAGCACUCAAGGAGUGGCUUCAUGAGACUCCAGCAGAGGAAGAGGUUCAGCUGAUGCGCUGCAGGACUUAUUUCAACCAUGCAUGCUUGCAGCUCACAGCUUUACAGUAUGCGGACGUCUCAACCUGGGAGAAAGUGAGCGAUAACUUCAGUCGUGCAGCUGACGGCUACGGUGAGUUGAUCAAGUCCGGAAAUGGGUGCCGCUGCAAGGGAAACAAAGUGGAGUGUUUCUACUACCAGCGAGCCAUGUGCAAGUUCAACCUGAUCAAGGCCAUCAGCAUGCAAAGGGAGUGGCAAGCUGUCAAAGAAGAGCAGGAGAAGUUUGAAGUGCUGAUCAGGGAGAAAGACCAGAAGGUCUGUGCUGGCGCACCGGAUGCGGACGACGUGAAAAAGUGGAAGGCGGAGCUGGCGAAGAAUGUGCAGAAGAUCGUGGUCUUCAUCCCCCUGGUGGCCUGCUUGGGGUUGAAGCUCGAUGUUCGUACUUCGGAUGAACCGGAGUGCAAAGGCAAGUUGGUGGCCUCCAAGGAAUUGUGCUCCGAAGUGGACCCGGAAACGGAGGAGAAAUGCGAGGACAGGUUUGCUGCCGUCGGCGCUGGCCGGUACAUGCAGUGUGAAUGGGACAAAUCCGAUCAAUGCCUGACCGCCUCUGUGCCUGGGAACGAUAAGUUCUGCAAGAAACCGUCGGGACCGCAGCCGACGAAGGACGGGAUGUUUGCCUGGUUCAAGAGCGAGGAUGCCUCGACCUCCUCUUGGGUAAGCAAGGUGGGCAACUUCGAGGGCAAGGGUACGGGGAGCGGCUUGAAGAUCGAGACAGAAGAAGGGCACGGGGCAAAAAAGAAGGUGAAAUUCCUGCAGGGCGACACCAGCGACAAGUUUGACUUCGGUGCGAUCCUCCCGGCCAAAGACUACACCAUUUGCUCCAUCAGCCGUUAUACGGGUGGCCAGAAGAAAAGAAUUCUCCAGGCGGGGAAGCCCUUAAAUUGGCUGCACGGGCACUGGAGCGGGAACACGGGUGUGACCUACUACCAAGAGUGGAACACGCAGAGCUCUCGGCAUCAUGGCAGUGAGGACUGGGUGGUGCUUUGCGGCACCAACAACAAGCAGGUGUACGACGGCAGAGAUCCUUCAAAGAACAUUGCAGGCUCUGUCGGAAAAGCCUUCGACAAAGAUGAGCACUUGUACGUUAACCGGGGCCACGACGAGUGGUCGGCAUUCGGAGUGAUGGAGAUCAUCACCUACAAGAAGCAGCUGACUGAGAAGGAGAUUCAGGCGACCAUCGAGUACUUGAAGUGGAAGUUGGAGAACGGCACCCAGUAG